AUGGAAGGAAUCAAGAAUCUACCGUCAAUGGUCAAACAAGGUUAUUACAUGGUAAAACUCGAUAUCAAGAAAGCCUACCUCCACGUUUUAGUAGAUCCGCAAUACAGAGACUUAUUCCGCUUCGUGUGGAAAGGUUCGCACUACCGUUGGAAAACAAUGCCGUUCGGGUUAUCGACAGCUCCUCGUAUCUUUACAAUGUUGUUAAGACAUGUACUUCGAAUGUUGAGAGAUAUCAACGUGUCCGUAAUCGCUUACUUGGACGAUCUAUUAAUCGUCGGUUCAACAAAAGAAGAAUGUUUAUCCAACCUCAAAAAGACAAUGGACUUACUUGUCAAACUAGGUUUCAAGCUGAAUCUAGAAAAGAUUGUUCUUGAACCAACUCAAUCAAUUACAUUUCUCGGAUUACAAAUCGAUUCAAAAUCAAUGAAGCUUCUUGUUCCCAAAGAAAAGAAGAAAAGUGUCAUCAAGGAAAUAAGAAACUUUUAA